AGGAGCAGGGGGAGGCGGCGGAGUCUGAGGAGCUCCAGGCGGCCCCUGCCAAGGUGGAGGAGCAGGCGGAGGCGGAGGAGCAGGACUGGGACAGUGAGACAGGCCCACCCCAAGCAGGGCCUGAAGAAGAGGACGGAGAGACCUUCUCCUUUAAAUACAGCCCCGGGAAGCUGAGGGGGAACCAGUACAAGAAGAUGAUGACCAAGGACGAACUGGAGGAGGAGCAGAGAGUUCAGAAAGAGCAGCUGGCCGCCAUCUUCAAGCUCAUGAAGGACAACAAGGAGACCUUUGGUGAGAUGUCCGAUGGCGACGUGCAGGAGCAGCUCCGGCUUUACGACAUGUAGGCCUGUCAUGGCAGGCCCCGCUCGGCCGUGUCACCGAGCAGGACGUUCAGUCACGGGCCAGACUGCCUGGCCCACCCACGCGCUGUGCUUUGCGGACAUCUGUAGGCUUAGUUUUAUCUUAUAAACACAGAUGUAGACAUGCAUUAUUUGCAGAUUUGCUCAGUUCUUGCAAUUUAUAUGUCGCUUCACAGGAAUCAAGACUGUUUUCUCCUGAGGAGAAAGCCCCUGUCUCUUUGGUGAGGUGCCCGCUGUUGCAGUGUCCCGUGUCCUCUGAGACCUUCUGAUCCCAGUGCACUGCUGCACGCAGACCCAGGCAUGCGGCGGUCCCAGAGGGGCUGCCUCGGAAGGCGCAGGGCCCCGGGAUGUGGCCUGGGAAGCAUCCGGGAUGCCGUGAGGAAGAUCAGUAGCAGCUGUCACCUGCCUGUGUGGUCAAGUAACACUACACUCUCAUUCUGUCCUAGAAGGAGUUCUGGAAGCUUCUGUAACAGCAGGGAAGAAGCACUAGGCAAGCAUUCUUUUAGCAAAAAUUCUAAUUUGAAGACUUACCUUCCAGCCAUAAAAAACAAUGAGACCUGGUAUCUGAUAGAAACUGGACGAAUUUGGAAGAUUUAUUGCUAA